AUGCCCAAAGAGGCUUUGGAAUGGUAUCAGCAAAAUUUGGAUCACAAUGUCCCAGGGGGCAAGCUCAAUAGGGGAAUUUCAGUAGUAGACACUGUCGAAAUUCUCAAAGGCUCUUCGUUGAAUGAUGAAGAGUACCAUAAAGCUGCCGUCUUGGGCUGGUGUGUAGAGCUGCUACAAGCUUACUUCUUGGUUGCGGAUGAUAUGAUGGACCAAUCUAUCACUCGUCGUGGGCAGCCAUGUUGGUACAGAGUGCCUGGUGUGGGAAGUAUCGCAAUCAAUGAUGCAUUCAUGCUCGAAGCUGCUAUUUAUCAUCUGUUGAAGAAGUAUUUCCGACCAGAACCAUAUUAUGUUGAUUUGAUUGAGCAUUUCCACGAGAGCACUUUCCAGACUGAACUAGGACAAUUGAUCGAUCUCCUUACAGCACCUGAAGACCACGUCGAUCUCUCCAAAUUCUCCCUUGAGAAAUACCAUCUCAUCGUGAUCUACAAAACCGCCUUUUAUUCGUUCUAUCUUCCUGUGGCCUUGGCCAUGCGUAUGAGCGGAGUGACAGAUCCCAAAGCAUACGAAACAGCACUUUCCGUGCUAAUACCUCUCGGAAAAUAUUUCCAAGUACAAGACGAUUUCUUGGACUGUUUUGGUCUACCUGAACAUAUCGGGAAAAUCGGGACGGAUAUCUUAGACAAUAAAUGCUCAUGGAAUAUCAACACCGCUCUUAAAGUCGCUACUCCGGAACAGCGUCAAAUCCUCGACGACAACUAUGGCAAAAAAGAUUCCACUUGUGAAGCACGUAUCAAAGCCGUCUACCACGAAUCUCCCAUUUCUCUUCCUGAACGAUUUGAAGUAUACGAGAAAGAAUCUUACGAACUCAUCACUGGUCUGAUCGCAUCGGUGGAUGAAAGUACAGGAGUGAAGAAAGAAGUAUUUUUAAGUUUCCUUCAUAAAGUUUAUAAACGUGAUAAGUAG